AUGCUCUCGUUCACUAAAAAGUCGUUCGACUGUUUUGCCGCCAAGCGGGCAAUGCGCUCUAGUUUAUUAAAGAAGCUUCGGUCAUGGGCUCUUUCGUAUCCAGACGAACGUCAGGAAUAUUCCAUUGCAAUAUGUGAUACUCUGUUUAAUUAUUUAUACGACAAGUACCUCUUUACAAAGAAUGACGAACAUGAGCGUUAUGUUCACAAAAAUCGAGGGACUUCGGGAGCGUCUGUGGUGCCUCUAAGAACUAAUGGCUUCUCUGUGGAAAGGCGGCAGUUGUAUGUUUGUGCCACUCUUCCAUUGUAUUACGAAGUCGAUCUUUUACCUCUACUGAAACGGCUUUGGUCUUGGCGUCAGGAGAAUCAAACGGAUUUAAAACUUGAUGAGACAUCUUACUCUGCUAUUGCACAUACAGAACUCUAUACCAUGGUGCCAACGGUCGUGGAUCCCAAUGGUGUGAUGCCGAAGCGAGGGGAAACAAACUUUCAAGAAGGUUUUUCAGCACCUUAUGCCGAGUGGCAUUACCCUAUUGCGGAUGCCCACAAACGACUACACCGAGGAAUGACAUUUGUGGAGCUCUAUGACGCGAAGGAUUUAAAAGACUCUUUUGAAAUUCGUGGCCCAAUGAAAUUAUGUGAGCUGAAAAAUGAUGAAUUUGAGUCUUUUUUUGUGAGAGAGCACGCCACAAACCAUGGGUUGGAAAAUCACGGCAAUGAGUUCCCAGGUAUAGCAAGUCAUAACUCACGGCAUCCACGGCUAAUUUUACCAUGUGAGGACUGGGAGAAUAUGUUUCCAGAGCACUUACCACCUCCAGGACUUGUACGGUUCUGGGGCAGGGGGAAUAGUUUUUGGCAUCACAGGAGUUUUCAAAUGCCCCAGAACAAUCCUAAUGUUGAAUCGAUCGACAUGCAAAGGAGUAAUCUCUUUAAUAGGAUUUCAGAGGUCAAAAAUGUGGAUGUUGUAGUGCUUACCCCUGGAGUGUGUUUUCAGAGAUUUGGAGGCCUGCGUCUGGGAAAAGGUGGUGGAUUUUACGAUCGCUUCUUAAACUAUAUGCGACAUCAGAUCGAAAAUGAUAGGAUGACACCUGUACCGGCUCCUCAAAAUAUGCGAAUAAAUAGUGAUUCCGACAUAGAGGUUCAAAAACAUAUAACCGUGGAGGCUAUUGGUAUUGGUUUUGAUCAGCAAGUUUUGAAUGGGGAAUGGAAUUUCGAAGACGUAGAUAGCUUAUGGGGGUGUGUGAACGAUGAAGACGCCCGUGUCGAUGCCAUCGUUACGCCGUCGACUGGUGUAGUGAAAAUAGAUCAUAUUCAUUCACAUAGAUUCAACAUUGGAAAAGGAGAAGCAUUACACUUUCAGAAGACUCAUUCUUUAUAA